GUGCUAGCUAUUUCAUUCCGAGUAAACCCUCGUUUUGCGACGUCUCUUCCAGUUCCUCGUCACCGCACAUCCGUCUUCUUUCCUACCAGUCGUAGCUGCCCCCAUUGUUGAAUUACACUGCCGCCAUAACUGCCGCCAGUUUCUGCUCCGACGAGUUAAGGCAUUAUGGAAGUCGAGGACGAAAAGACUACCUCUACUGUUUCUACGGAAACCUCUGUACCAACAUCUGAUGCUCAAAGCAUGGUUUCUCCUAUUCCUGCGGUGCAGCCUGUAAUUCCGACAGUCGUUCCACCAUCUGUUGUGCCUCCUAUUGCUCCAAUUCCUUCAAUUCCUCCCUCCACUACUCUCCGCCCACUGGCACCACUUCCUGUUCGUCCACCUUCUAUUAGGCCACCCGUGUCGCAAAAUGGUGAGGUUAGAUCAACUGACUCAGAUUCAGAUCAUGAUGACUUAGGACCCGGGAUAAACAAGGGUACGGGGGAGUAUGAGAUAUCAGAAGAGAGUAGAGUGGUAAGAGAAAGGCAGGAAAAGGCAAUGCAGGAACUUAUGAUGAAGAGGCGCGCUGCUGCUCUGGCUGUUCCUACAAAUGACAUGGCUGUGCGGGCUCGUCUUCGCCGUCUCGGUGAACCCAUCACUCUCUUCGGUGAAAGGGAAAUGGAGAGAAGAGAUAGGUUGCGAAUGAUUAUGGCCAAGUUGGAUGCUGAAGGUCAGCUGGAAAAACUGAUGAAAGCUCAUGAAGAUGAAGAGGCCGCAGCUUCUUCUGCCAAAGAUGAAGCCGAGGAAGACCUACAGUAUCCCUUUUACACUGAAGGGUCAAAGGCCCUCCUGGAUGCCAGAGUUGAUAUUGCUAAGUUUUCUUUAGUAAGAGCAGCAACACGUCUGCAUCGUGCUCAGAGAAGAAGAGAUGAUCCAGAUGAAGAUAUAGAUGCGGAAAUAAAUUGGGCGUUAAACCAGGCAGAGAACUUGGUUCUUGAUUGCAGUGAGAUUGGAGAUGAUCGUCCACUUUCUGGUUGCUCCUUCUCAGCAGAUGGAAAAUGGCUUGCUACCUGUUCCCUGACUGGAGCUGCGAAACUUUGGAGCAUGCCUGAAGUUCAAAAAAUUUCUACCUUAAAGGGCCACUUCGAGCGUGCUACUGAUGUUGCCUACUCUCCUGUGCAUAACCAUUUAGCAACGGCCUCUGCUGACCGCACUGCAAGGUAUUGGAAUGAUCAAGGAUCUCUUUUACAGACAUUUGAGGGUCAUCUUGACCGUCUUGCUCGCAUUUCCUUCCAUCCAUCUGGGAAGUACCUGGGCACUGCUAGCUUUGACAAGACAUGGAGAUUGUGGGAUGUAGAAACAGGAGAGGAGUUGCUUCUCCAAGAAGGUCACAGUAGGAGUGUAUAUGGUUUAGAUUUCCACCAUGACGGAUCAUUAGCUGCAUCUUGCGGACUGGAUUCACUUGCUCGAGUUUGGGACCUUCGUACUGGGAGAAGUAUUCUUGCCCUGGAAGGUCAUGUCAAGCCGGUUCUUGGCAUCAGUUUUUCACCCAAUGGUUAUCAUUUAGCCACAGGUGGCGAAGACAACACUUGUCGCAUUUGGGAUUUGAGAAAGAAGAAAUCCUUGUAUAUCAUUCCAGCUCACUCUAAUUUAAUAUCACAAGUCAAAUUUGAGCCACAUGAGGGUUAUUUUUUGGUAACAGCUUCGUAUGAUAUGACAGCUAAGGUAUGGUCAGCUCGUGAUUUUAAGCCUGUCAAAACUUUAUCUGGGCAUGAAGCAAAAGUUACUUCUCUAGAUGUUCUUGGAGAUGGACGGUACAUUGCUACUGUCUCCCAUGAUCGAACCAUUAAGUUGUGGUCCAGCAACAUGGCUAGUGAGCAAGCCAUGGAUGUUGAGUGUUGACUGAACUACCAUGGUCAAGUGGUCAGAAUACAAUUUCUGAAAGAAUCCUGAUUUGCGGAAUCAGAUUCAUCUUGGGGCUCAUUGAGUCUGCAAAAAACAUUUUGGUCAGAAAAGCAUUACCAACCAGUGGCAGAGAGGUGCAAAGCAAUUUUGAUUCAGAAUUUGGUUUGAAACAAGGUGAGUUCUAAUUACCCCAUUGGACAAAACAGGGCCAAAGAUGUAGCCAUUAAGGGUUGAACUAGGUUGAAAGAAUUAGCGUUUUUGCUCUUGUAUUCAGGAUCUGUUUAUGCUCCCAUCUGCAUGACGAAAUAUACCAGAAUCUUCGAACCUACCGAAUGUACCAUACUUAAUAGUCGUAACAGAGUGCAUUUACUGCCAAAUGCCUACAUGUUUGCAACCGAUGCCAUUACCUUUGCCCAACGUCAAGGACAUUUAUUCUGGUAUGUUUAUCGAUGGAAAUAUGGAAUUUGUGUAGAAAACGGCCGGAAUCACGUGUAACUUGUGUCCAUCCUGAAUAAUCAGAAAGCACUAGAAAAAUUCUGAAGGA